UGGACUGUUGACUUUUGGUGUCUCGCUGUGACAGGCACGUCAGGCAGUAAAGAUCCGCCCCUCGGCGGUGUUCAGCAGUGCUCUGUGCAUCACUCUCAAACGCUAAUUCCACCGGGACAGACGCAACUUCGGUCCGCGCGCGGAGCGGAGGAGACGCACACGAAAUGACACCAAUGGCUGCGCUUGUGUUCACAGCGACUUUUGCGCUAAUAAUCUGGAUACCGACUUUUGCAUUAACCGCGCGGGUCUACCCUCCUAAUGAAGUGACACUGCUGGACUCGAGAACUGUGCAAGGAGAAUUGAAAUGGGUUGCAAGUCCGACGGAAGGAGGGUGGGAAGAGGUGAGCAUCAUGGAUGAGAAGAAUACGCCAAUCAGGACGUACCAGGUGUGCAACGUAAUGGAACCCAGCCAGAACAACUGGCUCCGAACGGACUGGAUCCCCCGUGGCGGAGCUCAGCGGGUCUACAUCGAGAUCAAAUUCACCCUGCGUGACUGCAACAGUCUGCCAGGAGUCAUGGGAACCUGCAAGGAGACCUUUAAUCUUUACUAUUAUGAGUCCAACAAUGACAAAGAGCGGUACAUCCGAGAGAACCAGUUCACCAAAAUCGACACCAUUGCGGCUGAUGAAAGCUUUACGCAGGUGGACAUAGGAGACCGCAUCAUGAAGCUGAACACGGAAGUGAGGGAUGUGGGAAUUUUGACAAGGAAGGGCUUCUACCUGGCCUUCCAGGACGUUGGGGCUUGCAUUGCCUUGGUAUCAGUACGGAUCUUCUACAAGAAAUGCCCCCUUACUGUACGCAACCUGGCCCAGUUUCCAGACACCACCACCGGGGCAGACACUUCAUCGCUAGUGGAGGUACGUGGAUCCUGUGUGGACAAUUCUGAGGAACGUGAGGUCCCUAAAAUGUACUGCGGAGCAGACGGAGAAUGGCUGGUGCCUAUUGGAAACUGUUUGUGUAACCCUGGCUAUGAAGAACAUGAAGGGACAUGCCAAGCCUGUAAGAUCGGUAACUACAGAGCUUUAGCCACAGACGGCAGCUGCUCUAAGUGUCCCCUGCACAGCUACUCUGUAAGAGAGGGAUCUACUUCCUGUGCCUGUGAUAAAGGCUUCUUCAGGUCUGAGACGGACCCUGCAUCUAUGCCCUGUACACAGCCCCCAUCUGCUCCUCAGCACCUCAUUUCCAAUGUGAACGAGACUUCGGUGAAUCUGGAGUGGACGGCUCCAGCAUCCUCUGGUGGCAGGCAGGACCUUGCCUAUAACGUUAUAUGCAAGCGGUGCAGCUCAGACGGUCAACGCUGUCAGCCCUGUGGCAAUGGCAUCCAUUUUUCCCCUCAGCAGCUGGGCCUACGCACUACCCGGGUGUCCAUAAAUGACCUGCAGGCUCACACAAACUACACCUUCGAGAUCUGGGCAGUCAACGGGGUCUCCAAACAGAGUCCUGGACCCGAACAAGCAGUCUCUGUGACUGUUACCACCAACCAAGCGGCUCCCUCUCCAGUUACCACCAUCCAGGCCAAGGACAUCACCAGACAUGCUGUGUCUUUGGCAUGGCAACAACCCGAGAGACCCAAUGGAGUCAUUCUUGAGUACGAGGUCAAAUACUACGAGAAGGAUCAAAACGAGCGCAGUUAUCGCAUAAUGAAGACUUCGUCCCGAAGCGCUGAGAUCAAAGGCCUGAGCCCACUCACCUCCUACGUGUUUCAUGUGCGUGCCCGCACCGCUGCUGGCUACGGAGAAUUCAGUGCCCCUUUUGAGUUCAUGACCAACUCAGUUCCUUCUCCUAUCAUCGGGGACGGAGCUAACUCCACCGUGCUCUUGGUGUCUGUGAUCGGCAGUGUGAUUUUGUUGCUCAUCUUCAUCGGAGUCUUCAUCAUCAGCCGCAGGAGAAGCAAAUACAGCAAAGCCAAACAGGAUUCUGAUGAAGAGAGGCAUUUACAUCCAGGAGUCCGGAUCUAUGUGGACCCCUUCACAUACGAGGACCCCAACCAAGCAGUCCGUGAAUUCGCUAAAGAAAUCGACGCCUCCUGCAUCAAGAUCGAAAAGGUCAUCGGCAUUGGAGAAUUCGGGGAGGUGUGCAGUGGCCGUCUCAAGAUGCCUGGCAAGCGUGAGAUCUGUGUGGCCAUAAAAACCCUCAAAGCAGGAUACACCGACAAGCAAAGGCGGGAUUUUCUGAGCGAGGCCAGCAUCAUGGGCCAGUUUGACCACCCUAACAUCAUCCGACUAGAGGGAGUCGUCACUAAAUGUAAGCCAGUUAUGAUCAUCACAGAGUACAUGGAGAACGGAUCACUGGAUGCUUUUCUCAGGAAGAAUGAUGGACGGUUUACAGUCAUUCAGCUGGUGGGCAUCCUGCGAGGCAUCGCUUCAGGAAUGAAAUAUCUCUCCGAUAUGAGCUACGUCCAUCGUGACUUGGCGGCUCGCAACAUUCUGGUCAACAGCAACCUUGUGUGCAAAGUGUCCGACUUUGGCAUGUCUCGAGUUUUGGAGGAAGACCCAGACGCUGCGUAUACCACCAGAGAAAUAACAGGAACAUAUCAAUCACAGGGAGGCAAGAUACCCAUUCGCUGGACGGCACCCGAAGCCAUUACCUACAGGAAGUUCACCUCUGCAUCUGACGUCUGGAGCUAUGGCAUCGUCAUGUGGGAAGUGAUGUCAUAUGGAGAGCGGCCAUAUUGGGACAUGAGCAACCAGGAUGUGAUAAAAGCCAUUGAGGAAGGCUACAGGCUGCCUCCGCCGAUGGACUGUCCAGUUUCUUUGCACCAGCUGAUGUUGGAUUGCUGGCAGAAAGAGCGCGCAGAAAGGCCAAAGUUCAGUCAAAUUGUCAACAUGCUGGACAAACUCAUCCGCAACCCUAACAGCCUGAAAAGGACGGGAGGAGAAAUAGCCAGACCCAACACCACCCUCCUGGAGCCUAGCAGCCCAGAAUUCACGUCUACCCUAGGAUCAGUUGCCGACUGGCUGCAGGCCAUCAACAUGGAGCGUUACAGAGACAACUUCACCGCUGCUGGCUACACCACUCCAGAAGCUGUGGUCCAUAUGACACAAGAGGACAUGACGAGGAUAGGGAUCUCCACUGCCGCACACCAGGAUAAGAUCCUCAACAGCGCGCAGGGAAUGUUGUCCCAGAUGCAGCAAAUGCAGGACAGGAUGGUUCCUGUCUGAACCCCACGGGAUCAGAAAACACAUUCACACACACUUUGGACUUCCUUUUUUUAUUUUGGUUCUAAGAAAAUCCAUUUACCUCAUCCAUGCACUUUAAAUUCAAUUUUUUUGUGGGGGAAAAAAAGGAAAAUAUUUCAGAGGAACGAUACAGCACUUUUCUUUCAGUAACGCCAUCGAGUCAAGAGGAUCGUUUAGCGCUGUACUGACCCUCUGGAUGGGAUUGUAGGAAGCUUUUCAUUUCACCGAAACUACGAAGGAGUUUGUUUAUUUGAUUUUUUUAUAUGUAUGUGCCUGUAAGUAAAUGUAUAAAUAGUACUGGAUUUUUACUAUUUUUUUUUUCCGUCCGCUCUUGCCAUUUCACGGUUACUUGAGUGAGCGGCACCUGGUGGAAUUUUACGCUCGAAUUGGAGGCGACGGAGAUAAAGAUUUUAUGCACUCUUAACGCUUUUGUUCCGGGGAUUUCGGAGAGGCAUUCAUCUUCCCAGCAGCCACAAUGGAAGACCACUUCUGGAAGGUCUCCAGGUCUCCCCACCCUCAGAAUGGAAUAUCUGUCUCCACUUCGCAAUUCGCUCCACUCGGCCUGGCCUGGAAUAGAAAAAUGGGCCCUCAGUUUACAUCUUUCUCUCUCCACCUCAGUCUCUACGGUUUUCCCUCUCUCUCUCUCUCUCUCUGUGUCUCCGGAGACCUUCGGCAGGCCGUGAAAUCAACACAUGUCUCCCUUACUGGAAGUUCCAUCAGAGCUGAACUAAGAGUCACCUUCACACAUCUGUUCUGCAGCGAUAUCCUGUCUCGCAUCCGCUGCAGUUUCACUAACUACAUUUACUUGACAUCGGGACAAAGGACUUCGAUUCCCAUGAUUCCCUCCUUCCAGCGUAGGAGAAAGAAAACAUGACAAACAACCCGAGGAGCAGUUGAGGGCCCUUUGGUUUUCUCCUUUGAGAUUUGAUGAGAGAUAUAAUGAACAUUUUCAUUUGGUCUCGCUCUUGACAGGAAAAACUCGCUGCAGCGUGUUGCUGUUUCCUUUGAAGGAUGACGGUUUGUUUUGAGGAGCUUACACUAAGGACAAAAGCGCAUGAUGUGUGCUAAGACUGCAGAACUUUUGUGGCUGCUCUCUAGAGACCAACGUACUGGAGUUGUUUGCUAUAUGUGCUAAGCCACUGCUGUUUUUUUGCUUCUUAUCAAGGCUGGAGAUUGUAGCUAAAAAACAAGCCACAUUUCUUUGAGUCGUUUGACUCAAACCGGAAAGAUUUCAAUGCUAAUUCGAAUGCAGACUGCAAGAAGAGGCACGCUAUUUGUACCUAAAAUAAACUUAUUACAGGAAUGUUUAUAAAACGGGCAAACUUUUAACAUUUCAAGUGUGCUCGGUUUCAAGUCCAUCCAUUCAUCCAUCCGUCCCAUCUGAGAGACUUAAUGUGACGGCUUCUCAUAUUUAGCUUUGCUUUCUUCCUGCUUCAUCUCUCAGUAUUCCCUCCUCACCUGUUUUAGGACCUGUUGGAAUAUGCAAUGAAUGUGAGAGGAGAGAAUUUCAGUAGAAUGUACUGUGCCAAGUCUCCUAAUGUAGUUUAUUCUGGAGGAACACUAACAAAUGGCAUUUUUCCCCCCCGAGCUGAUCUAGACAUUUUUAUUAAGUUUAACGUUGUGCAUAAUUGUGUUUUUUUGCCUCUCUUCCAUUUUUAUUUGAUGAAUUUAGGUACAUGAAACAUGUCAUUUAUUUAUGGUAUUUUUUAUCUAGUUUGUAAAUUGUAAAAUAGAGCUAUGAGAGAAAUAAAUGAUUGCCAAGUGCAUUGUAAUUAA